AUGACCCAACGAUCCUCAGUCACCAUCAAGUCAGGGGGCACGAGGAACUUCAGUGCUUCCUCAGCCAACCUCCUCCCCGGCUGCCGGACCAGCUUCAGCUCUGUCUCUGUGCACCAGGGCGGGAAGAGCCUUGGGGGCGGCUUUGGGACGAGGAGCCUUCAUGGCCUUGGGGGUGGCAAGAGAAUCUCCGCCAGUGGGGGUUACCGCACCAGCCGGGCCAGCUAUGGGGGUGCCGGCUAUGGGCUGGGUCCCGGGGGCAUGGGGUACAGGUCAGGGGUCGUCUGCAGUGGGUAUGGAUUUGGAGAGGGGGUGAUGCCUGGCGCCGGUGGCAUCCAUGAGGUGACCGUCAACCAGAGUCUCCUGACCCCCCUCCACCUGGAGAUCGACCCCUCUCUCCAGCGGGUGCGGAAGGAGGAGCGGGAGCAGAUCAAGACCCUCAACAACAAGUUUGCCUCCUUCAUUGACAAGGUGCGUUUCCUAGAGCAGCAGAACAAAGUCCUGGAGACAAAAUGGAGUAUCCUACAAGACCAUAAAACCACCAGGGCCAACAUCGAGCCCAUGUUUGAAGCCUACAUUAGCAACCUCAGGAGGCAGCUUGACUGCCUCGGUGGAGAGCGGUCGAGGCUGGAGAUGGAGUUGAGAAACAUGCAGGACGUGGUGGAGGACUUCAAGAACAAAUACGAAGAAGAAAUCAACAGACGCACAGCGGCCGAGAACGAGUUUGUGGUGCUCAAGAAGGACGUGGAUGCCGCCUACAUGAACAAGGUGGAGCUGGAGGCCAAGGUGGACACCCUGACCGACGAGAUCAACUUCCUGAGAGCCUUCUACGAGGCGGAACUGGCUCAGCUGCAGGCCCAGAUCUCGGACACAUCCGUGGUCCUCUCCAUGGACAACAACCGCUGCCUGGACCUGGACAGCAUCAUCGCCGAGGUCAAGGCCCAGUACGAGGACAUCGCCAACCGCAGCCGGGCCGAGGCCGAGUCCUGGUACCAGACCAAGUACGAGGAGCUGCAGCGCUCUGCCGGCCAGCAUGGCGACGACCUCCGCACCACCAAGAUGGAAAUCUCCGAGCUGAACCGCGUGAUCCAGAGGCUGCGCUCGGAGAUUGACAACCUGAAGAAGCAAUGUGCCACGCUCCAGGCCGCCAUCGCUGAUGCCGAGCAGCGAGGGGAGAUGGCCCUCAAGGAUGCCAGGCACAAGCUGGCAGAGCUGGAGGAUGCCCUGCAGAAGGCCAAGCAGGACAUGGCGCGACAGCUGAAAGAGUACCAGGAGCUGAUGAACACCAAGCUGGCCCUGGACAUUGAGAUCGCCACCUACCGCAAGCUGCUGGAGGGCGAGGAGCAUAGACUCACCGGAGAAGGUGUCGGAGCUGUGAAUAUCUCCGUGGUCUCUACCUCGGGGGGCACAGGCUAUGGCGGGGGCAGCGGCCUCUGUGUGGGUGGAGGCAGCUACACCGGCGGCCUCUGCUACAGCGGAGGGGGCGGCGGCUUCAGCUCCACCAGCGGCCGCAGCGGCGGCGGCAGCAGCUCCAGCAUGCGCAUCAUCUCCAAGUCCACGUCCACCAAGAAGAGUUUCAGGAGCUAA